GGAGUAUUUGAGAGGAUAUAAGUAAUCUCGCAGAUAUCAGAGAUGAUCAGACUGACAGCUCCAGUUGGAAGACAAGAAGACUUACACAACUCAACUGAUCUACACAACUUCACCAGGUUGUUGAAAUGGCCUCAGAUAACAUGAAAAUUGCAGCCCUGGGUCGACCUUUCACCCUAGGAAUGCUCUAUGAUGCUCGGAGAGAUCAACUGAUCCCAGGUGUGACAUUAUGGGAUAAAGAAACUCAUAAAGUAACCUCUCAGGAGGGCAGUACAUUUCACAUUUCUGCAUCAGACACCAUUGAAUCCAAGUCCUCUCUGCUGGAUAUUAACGCUUCUCUGAAGGCCAGUUUCAUGGGUGGACUGAUUGAAGUUGGAGGAUCUGCUGAAUAUCUGAAUGAUACGAAGAAAUACAAGAAUCAGAGCAGAGUGACAUUUCAGUACAACGCUACCACCACCUUCAAGCAGUUGUCAGUGACUCACCUUGAAUGCAAGGACCCCCAGCAGAUAGAUAUUAUUAAGAAGUCCUCAGCAACACAUGUAGUCACAGGCAUCCUUUAUGGGGCAAAUGCUUUCUUUGUGUUUGACAGUCAGAAGUUAGAUGUCAGCAGUGUUCAGAACAUCGAGGGUAGCAUGGAAGCUGUGAUAAAGAAAAUCCCCUCAUUCAAUAUUGAGGGAAAUGUUGACAUCAAGCUGACUGAUGAAGAAAAAGAGCUGACCAACAAAUUCUCCUGCAAAUUCUACGGAGACUUCAUUCUUGACAGCAACCCUGCAACAUUUGAACAAGCAGUGAAGACCUAUGCAGAACUCCCCAAGCUACUGGGAGAAGAGAGAGAGAAGGCUGUUCCUCUGAAGGUCUGGCUGAUGCCAUUGAAGAAUUUGCAUUCUGAAGCUGAUGAGCUUAAGAGUGGGAUCAGUGUUGGACUAGUGAGGAAGGCACAAGAUGCUCUUGAAGAUUUCAGGGAAAUACGAAUGAGAUACAACGAAUGUCUGGAUGACAGCGUGGUAGAGAAUCUUCCACAGAUUAAAGGAGGGUUAGACAGAUUCCGAAACUUGUGUGAAGACUAUGAAUCUAGCCUGAAGAAGACCAUGGCGAAGAAAUUUUCCCUCAUCCGUGAAGGUACAGAAGAUGAGAGUUUAACAAAACAACUCUUUGAAGACAGAGACAAGUCACCAUUCAGUAAAGAGAAACUAAAGAGCUGGCUGGAUCAUAAAGAGAAAGAGAUCAACAUCAUCAGGUCCUGUGUAGAAAGGAUGCAGGAAACAAAGAUCGUUCCAAAUCAAUUGAAGCUGGACAAAGAUGUUCGUGCUCCAGGUGUUGAGGAUGCUCUGUGCUUUGUUUUCACCUCCCUGGAGAGCGCUGACCCCUGGCUUGAUGCAAUGGCUGGCUACUUAAAAUCACCUAAAUUAGGAAGCAAUGAAGACCACUGGUGCUACUCAGAUGAGGUUUUCACCAAAAUGAGAAAAAAAGCCAAAGAUUUCCAUUAUCUUGCCAAAGCACUGAAGAACAACAGUCGGUUCUGUUUCCUUGUAGCAGCCAUUGAAAAUAAGAAAUACAGAGGAGCAACCAUCUACCAUUACAGGGACGGCAUUCUGAUCAGUGAGGAUUUUUCAAAGCCCGACCUCCCUCCUGUGGAGACUAUCACAGACAAAAGAGAUUUGAUCUGGUAUGCUUGUGAUGUCAACCUGGAUCCAAACACUGCUAACUACAACCUCACUCUGUCUGAGGGAAACAAAAAGGCAACAAGUGGACCAUCGCAGACAUACCCUGAUCACCCAGAGAGGUUUGAUAAACAUACUCAGGUUCUGGGCAAAGAGAGGUUAAAGGGGCGCCAUUACUGGGAGGUAGAGUGGAGUAAUGGUUGCCCUGAAUCUCUUCAUAUCGGUGUUGCAUACAAAGGAAUUGACAGAAAAUCAGGCGCUGCAGAGAGUAUUCUUGGAAAAAAUGCCAUGUCUUGGUCUCUUCACCAAUAUUCAGAUGAUUAUUAUUAUAAUAAUAAACACACACUUGAGCCAUGGCAUAAUGGUAAGUUGUGGGAAGUUUCUUUUCCCUCUGGCUGCAACAGAAUUGGGUUGUUUCUGGACUGGCCUGCUGGCACUCUGUCCUACUACAAUGUCUCUUCUCACACACUGACUCACCUCCACACCUUUGAAGCCAGAUUCAAUGAGCCUGUAUACCCCGGUUUCUAUGCUUACAACAAUGGCAAUUAUGUGUACGUGUGUCCAAUUGAAUAAGAGCAAUGACAAAUACUUCUAAGAUCUUGGUCUGUAGGGAUAUGGAUUUUCAUUUCAUGUUUAAAGAACAACUUAACACCCCAGUUUAGCUCGAACACAUUUUAAAACUUCAAAAAUGCAUUCAAACCCAGAUGGACCAAGACCACUGAUUCUAAUGAAGUGACUGUACAUGUAACUUCUAUGUAUUAGUUCAUGAUGAUUCUAAGCACAGCCUUCUUCUCAAAAUGUUCUUCACAGCUUCAUAAUCAGUUUGCAUUGCUUGAUUCAUCAAUAAUGUUUUUUUUUAAUUGUAACUUUCUAUUCUAAUACCUAAACAUAUGUAUACUGAUACACAAGUUUUCUUUCUUUCUUAAGAGCAGAAUGUUGAAAAAGAUACUCACAAUAAUGGUAUAAUAUUGAUAUUGCUUUAGUUGAAUGUGAGAUGUUGGUUAUAUUGGGACAUAAGGUAGUUAAAGUGCAAAUAUUUUAACUUAGCAUUUGUUUCUUUUCUUUUUGUUCAGCUCAGCCUAAAAAUAUAUCAUAUGUAACCUUAAAGAAUAUAAAAGGAAUCAUUUUGUCACAUGUGUGUCUUAAACAUGACCUGGGGUUAAAUUAAUGGCUUUACCACUCUGAGGAGGGAAUCACUUUGUUAGAUGUUAAGUACACUGCUGAUGUUUGUAGAGCUGAAGCAAUGUCAGAUUCCUGUGAAACCUGUUGGAAAUGUUGAGCAGAAUAUUCAAUAAAGUAGAGAGCUGAGUUUA